AUGGCGCUCCUCGCGGCGCUAUCGCUCGGCCUCUGCGCUCCCUUCACAGCGGACGUGCACCUGCCUCUGCUCGGCGCCGCCAAGGCCGCGGCGCUCGCGGUCAAUCAGAAGCUGCGGCUGCUGAACAACGAGAUCGACUUUGGGACCAAGCAUACUCCACACAUCACUCUAUACCUUACCGAGUGGCAGUGUCGCAGCGACGCGCUGGUCAGCGCCCUCCGCUCCGCCGUCGUGCAGCUGGCGACUCAGCGCUGCCGCGUCACGCUCGGCCGAGCCUACGCCGCGGGAAAAUUCGCGAUGCUCAACGUCAGCGCACCCUGCGCGCGCGUCGCCUCGGACGCCGUGGUCAACGCGACGCACCGCCUCGCCGCGCCCAACCAGAGCGUGCCGGAGUGGGUCUAUGCGCUGCCCGAGCCGGCGCGCUCCGAAAAGAUUGCCGACGUCCGCCGGUUCGGUAGCCCAAACGUCUUCGAUCAGUUCCGCGCGCACGUGAGUGUGGGAUGGGCGUCGGACGAGUCCUCGGUGGCUUCCGCGGUGGCGCAGCUCGCGUACGAGCCCGGCGCGACCUUCCGGGCGGACGUCGUCGCUGUCGGGUCCACGGGCGCGCACGGCACAGUCCUC